ACUUCCCGCAUCGCAUCAUCUGCCCAGUCCCUGUCGAUAUCCGAACAGGGCGUUUCCAUAAUUUGCCAAUUGAUUUCUAUAUAUUGACUUGUCCACCUCCUUCCACUGGUCCCUUGAACUGUCGCCAAGCCGGUGAUUCGAUGUUAUGGCUAAUAAAAAGGGAAAGAAGAAGAAGAACAACAACAACAACAAUAAAAGGCUUCCUGUAAACGACAACCAAUUGUCCAAUCCAGAGCAGACCUCAACCGACUCCUCCCCGGCGACGGCGGUUGAAGCUGGUGAAAAUGGCCUCCCCUGUCCAGUACGCACAACUUCCCACGUUCCAGUAUCAGUCUUUUGAGCGUCAUUACCAGACCUUUGAUCGCUCUACUCUCAAAUAUUCUUUCUAUCCUGUUGCUGCUGCGUCUUCUUCGGACCCUCUGACGACGCCUAAGGACCAGAACAACAACCCCCCUGACGCAGAACCUACUGCUGCCCCGGAAGCUGCCCCGGAGGAAAGUCCUAGUGAUUCUCCGGCGGAACCCUCACCUCCAGAGACUAGUGAAUCGACCGAUGCGGCAGAACCCGCGGAAGAACCGCCCGCAGAUGCUCCCUCAGAUCCCCCGGCAGAAGCAACUGAAAGUCCAGCCGAUGCCGCACCGGAAACUAAUGGCGAAGGUGAAAAUCCUCCACUAGAACGCGACAGUGCUGGCCUAGAUUCGAAUCCAACAGAAGAGGGCACCGUCGAUGAGACGAAAGACGAACCUCCGGUAGAAGAUACGAAUGUAGGGGAAGAAUCACCCCCGGAAAAAGACUCAACCACUGCCCCCGAAACAGACGCACCGCAAGAUGAUACUCCUGAGGACGCUGCCGCUCCAGCAGAUCCAGCUCCGACAGAAGAGUCCGCCCCCGCGGUAGAAUCGCCAGAAGAAUCUGCUCCAGCUGAGGAACCUGCUUCUACAGAAGCGGCUGCUGGGGCUGACGAUCCUGCCCCGACCGAGGACCCUGUUUCAGCUGAAGAUCCCGCUUCGGCAGACGAUCCAGCUCCCGCAGAAGAAGGCGUGGAGGCGGUCCCGGCAGAAGAAUCCACCCCGGUGGAACAACCCGCCAAAGAGCCUGCCCCAGCUGAGGAGCCUGCUGCAGCGCAAGAGCCCGCUCCGGCAGAAGAUCCCGCCCCCACCGAAGAGCCCAUUCCGGCUGAAGAUCCUGCUCCGGCAGAUCCUGUUUCAACCGAAGACCAUACUCCAGCCGAGGAUCCUUCUCCGACGGAAGAGCCUGGUCCCGCCGAGGAUCCGUCUGCUGUCGAGCAGCCCGCUCCAGCAGAAGAACCUGCGGAAGAGGCUGCUGCAGCCGAAGAGCCCGCCCCGACAGAAGAACCCGCAGAAGAUCCUACUCCGACUAAGGAUCCUACUGUAGUCGAGGAGUCCGCACCAGCAGAAAAGCUUGAAGAAGAGGCAGCAGUGGCGGAAGAGCCGGCUCCUACAGAAGAGCCCGCCCCCGCAGAAGAAGCGACAGAAGAUCCCGCUCCGGCAGAAGAACCCGCCGACGAACCUGUUCCAUCCGAAGACCCUGCUCCCGCAGAAGAGGCCCCUCCUGAAGAAAAACCUGUCGAGAAGGAAGAGCCUGCAGAAGAUCCUGCUGCGGCGGAAGCGUCUGCUCCACCAGAAGAGCCGGUUCCCGAAGAAUCCGCUCCGGCGGCAGAAGUCACAGAAGAGAACGCGCCUGCAGAAGAGCCUACUCCAGCAGAGAAUCCUGCUCCAGCUGAAGAACCCGCUCCGGCAAAGGAUCCCGCUUCAGCUGAGGACCCUACUCCAGCUGAAGAACCCGCUCCGGCAGAGGAAGCUGCGGAGGAGCCGGCUGCUGCGGAAGAGCCUACUCCGAUCAACGACCCAGCUCCCGUGGAAGAACCCGCAGAACCCGAAGAGGCCCCAAAUUUGGCAGAAGAAUCUACGCCGGCGGACGAGCCCACUCCGGCAGAUGUCUCAGCAGACACACCCCAGGACGAUGUGCCCGAUGAUUCUGCCGCCGCCGCAAACCUAGAAACGGGCGAAAGUAUGGAUGGGGCCAGUUAUGGUACGCCUAUAUAUUUAAUCCGCUCACAAAUUCAACUGACCUUACACUCAGACGAUGAAUUUCCAGAAUGUGAUCCUUCCGCAGAAUCCGAUAAAGUCGAAGCCGAAAAGGCAGAAGCCGAGAGACAAGCUGUCGAGGACGCUAAGGCGGAAGAGGAAGCAUUAGCAAGGGCGCAAGAUGUAGUUGACCUUGAAAUAGAAACCGAUAUAGAGCCGGCCGAUGCUGCACCUGCACCCGAAACUGAUGCUAUGGACGAUGCGCCACAUGACGAGCCGGCCCGCGAAGCGGUAGAUGAAACCGUACCUGAGAUAGCUACCGAGAAGUCUCCUGUGGAGGAAGACUCGCCUAAGGAGGAGUUAGUCGAAGAGCCAACACCGGCUGAAGCACUAAACGACGCUCCUCCGGCAGAGGAAAUUCCAAAGGACGGAGUUGAUGAGGCGAAGUCCGAGGUGGAGCCGGCUGCAGAGCCUGAAAUUAUCGAACCACCGGCCGAGGAAGCUGCUCCUGAAGAGCCUGUUGAUCCUACGGAGUCUGUGGCCGAGGAACCCACAGCUAUCGAAGAACCUGCACCUGCCGAAGAACCUGCACCCGCCGAAGAACCUGCACCUGCCGAAGAACCUGCACCCGCCGAAGAACCUGCACCCGCCGAAGAACCUGCACCCGCUGAAGAACCUGCACCUGCCGAAGAACCUGCACCCGCUGACGAGACACCUGCCGUAGAGGCUGUCAGUCCAGAAUUCGACGAGAAUUCAGCCCCUCGUGAAGAGGCUCUUCCUGUUGAAGAUCCCGAUAUGGCCGAAGAAGUCUCACCCGAAGGAUCCCCCGCGGCAAGGGAAGUUUCAGAAGAUCUGUCCGAAGAAUCACUGGAGGAUCCUGAACCUGCCGUGUCAUCCGGAGAUGGCAUUCCGUUCGAAACUACAGCAGUCUUGGGUUCAGCAGGCGCAGCGGUCGCAGCAGCGGCAGGCCCCGAACUGGCUAAGUCUAGCAGAAAGAAGAAGAGACGCUCUCCUGAAUCGGGACGCGAGCAUGAACUUGAACGUCACGGAUAUGAGCGCGGGUUUGAACUCGGAUUCGAGCGAGGUCUUGAACAGCUUCGUGAACGUGAACGGGAACGCGGCCUGGGUGGACAUGAACGCAGCCAUGAGCGUGAACGUGAACGUGGCCAUAGCAGACAUGAACGUGGACAUGAACGUGGACAUGAACGUGGACACGACCGCGAGCGUGAUCGCGAGCGUGGACGUGGGCGCGAGGAGCAGCAAGUUCAAGUUCAACGCCAAAAGAGCGAACGUGGUAACAUCCUAAAGAACCGCUGGACAACAGCGCUCGAAGAAGCGAAACGGCAACACGACCUCAAGCUCCGCCAAGAAGAGAAGAUGGUUCGCCGCGAAUCCCGAACAGGCGAGCAUGACAAGCGCGACCGUGCAAAACGCUCUGAUGGCUCCUCUCGAGACAAUGAAAAUAGGUCACGCCACCAUACCUCGGAAAAGUCGGACAGCAACGAGCGCGAGCGAGAGCACGCAGGUCCCAAGCCAAAAGCUUUCCUCAAAUACAUGACAGCCGGCAAAUCAGACACCAACGGACCCCUUCUCAUGGUAAAUGGCACUAGGGCCGCCGAAUAUGUCUCGGAAAAGUACAGGCGUUCUUCCACGAGCCCCCGUCAUUCGAACGGAGACCGAACGCCCAGUGAACGUUCCGGUGGAUCUUACCACUAUGACGAGGACCGGCAGGCCCGCCGCGAAUACCGAGCCCGCAAGAAGGCCGAAGCCGAAGAGCAAGAGCGACAGCAGGUGGAGCAGGAACGGCAGCGUCAGGAGGCGGAGGCGGAGGCGGCGGAGGCGGCGGAGCAAGCGAAAAUCCGCGCAUCCAGGGAGGAAGCAGGCCAUCGGCGUCAUCGCCACAGCAGCGAGCGACACAACGGCGAGCGCCCAAGUGGUGAGGCUCGUCGGCGUCACCAUAAACGACGGGAGCCGUCACCUCCGGCGCGGAAACCGUCGAAGCUCAAGUCGCUUAUCAAGUCUGCGAUUCCUGCUUAUUAGUGAUGAGGAGUAUACGAUAUUGU